GCCGUGACACAGAAUGGGAGUGCUACUUUUGCUACAAGAGUAUCGAGGUGCCGGACAGCUACGCGGGACCUCGGCCAACAUUCCCAAUGACCUUCUGCGGCGUGUCCAAGCUGGUGGAGGCCUUCAAGCACAAACAAUAGCAGCUCCAUGCUCGCUAUGUUCUACAGCUUCUUGGGGAGACUUGGAAACUCUUACAAACUCUACCAAAUAUCAACAAUGUCUCCGUCUGCCAUACUAAGGAGAUAACCAUAUGCGGUACGUUGCCCCAAGCGUCACAUUAGCAACUACAAAACCCAAAACCAGUGAAGUUGGUUCGUAAAUAAAAACAGAAUACAAUGAUUUGCAAAUCCUUAUAUUCAAUUGAAUAUAGAUACUUAACAUUCAAACUGGUAAAUAUUUUUUCUGAAACAUGUUUCAAAAAAGCUGACAGAAAUGGCAAAAAAGACUGAGAAAGUUGAGGAAUGCUCAUCAAACGCUUAUUUGGAACAUCCCACAGGUGAACGGGCUAAUUGGGAAAAGGUGGGUGCCAUGAUUGGGUAUAAAAGCAGCUUCCAUGAAAUGCUCAGUCAUUCACAAACAAGGAUGGGGCGAGGGUCACCACUUUGUGAACAAAAAAUGCGUGAGCAAAUUGUCAAACAAUUUAAGAACAACAUUUCUCAAUGAGUUAUUGCAAGGAAUUUGGGGAUUUCACCAUCUACGGUUUGUAAUAUCGUCAAAAAGUUCAGAGAAUCUGGAGAAAUCACUGCAUGUAACAUUGAAUGCCCGUGACUUUCGAUCCCUCAGGUUGUACUGCAUCAAAAACCGACAUUAGUGUGUAAAGGAUAUCACCACAUGGGCUCAGGAACACUUCAGAAAACCACUGUCAGUAACUACAGUUCGUCGCUACAUCUUAAGUGCAAGUUAAAACUCAGCUAUGCAAAGCGAAAGCCAUUUAUCAACAACACCCAGAAACGAUGCUGGCUUCGCUGGGCCUGAGCUCAUCUAAGAUGGACUGAUGCAAAGUGGAAAAGUGUUCUGUGGUCUGACUAGUCCACAUUUCAAAUUGUUUUUGGAAACUGUGGACGUUGUGUCCUCUGGACCAAAGAGGGGAAAAACCAUCCGGAUUGUUAUAGGCGUAAAGUUGAAAAGCCAGCAUUUGUGAUGGUAUGGGGGUGUAUUAGUGCCCAAGGCAUGGGUAACUUACACAUCUGUGAAGGCACCAUUAAUGCUGAAAGGUACAUACAGGUUUUGGAGCAACAAAUGUUGCCAUCCAAGCCACGUCUUUUUCAUGUACGCCCCUGCUUAUUUCAGCAAGACAAUGCCAAGUCACGUUCUGCAUACUGUAUGUAACAACAGCGUGGUUUCGUAGUAAAAGAGUGCGGGUACUUGUCUUUGCAGUCUAUUCAAUUGAAUAUAAGUUGAAAAGGAUUUGCAAAUCAUUGUAUUCUGUUUUUAUUUACACAAUGUGCCAACUUCACUGGUUUUGGGUUUUGUAGAUUGACCUGAGUCAAGGCCAAAUGAAGCUGAAUGGAAUGUUGAGAUGGAAAGUCCAUCUGUGUGUUACUUGAGCAAGGCUACUUCCUGAUUCAAGGAUGAAUGAAGGGAAGUUGCUAUUAAUAACCACCAAGAGAUCCCAGGAACAUUUUGUGCCAUUCAUAUUUUUUCCUCCCAGCUAUUUUGGCUGUCUUGAACAUGCUCCUGGGAAGUAGCCUCCUCUGUAGGGGACACUUGUUUUGCAUAUCAGGGCUAUUUUCUUCCCAAAUUUUUAAAACUCUUGACAAAAGAAAUACACCAAAAACUAGAAUAAAUGUCCUGUGCAAUAGAUGCUAGUUCUCAGGAGGUUAUAGGUUAUAUCUGCUUGACAAAAACUAAAAAUAGUCAUCUCUGUUUCUUAAAUUAGCCUAUAACAGGGCUAGUCCGACCCAGGAAUGACCAUACCGGCCCCGAGUUCAGUUCAAAACUUAAGAGACAAACAUUUUUGCAGAACAUUCCUAGGAACACUAAAGUGCUCCUGUUGUAUAGAGGAUAGCCGACCCUUGCAUUGACAUUUUAACCUUGGUAGCAAACAUAGAACACUGGGGUCAUAACUUGUGAUUUACAAAACUGAGGCUUUCCUCAAGGCACCCAUUAAGUCAGGGGUUUCAAACUCAUUUUAGCUCAGGGGCCGCAUGGAGGAAAAUCUAUUCCGACUCGGGCCGGACUGGUAAAAUCAUGGCAUAAUCAUUUUAAAAUAAAGACAACUUCGACAUUGUUUUUUUUUUUGUCUUACUUCGGCCAAAACUAGCACAAGCACAUUUUGAAAAUGUACACAUUACAAAGAAUCCUCUGGGCAAAAUACUUCAGAGUUAGUUAAAAAUUCAGAAGAAAAAAUUGGUGCAGUUUCAAAACACUGUGAAGAACACAAUGAACUUAGUCUUUUUCUCUGUGUAUUUAGAAAGCCAUUAAACUUAAAGCACUUCCUUUACAUCACAACUACAAACGUAACCAAUGUGAACAUGGUAGAUUUAGGCAUAAAAUAAAAUAGAACAAACAACAAAUGUAGAAACACACAUUUUUACAAUGGAGUUCAGGGUGCGCAUCGUGUCAACAAAUUGCGAGCGCUGCCCGGAAUUCUCACUACAAAGAUGAUGGUCAUGUUGACUUAAGUCUUUGCAUCUUACAGUUUAGUUUUUUAAUCUGUUGAGUGGAUAAUUUACAAUCAAAGAAGGUAUUGUGCGUCACUACGGCAUUAGUCUGCCGCCAGCCACAACAGGAACAGCUAAAUGCUUGCACCUGCACUGAUUGGAGUAGCGGCAGCCAAUCCAAAGGGCGCUUAAAGUCAGCUGACACCUCAUCUUUAAACAGUGUGAUGUGUGACGUGGGUUACACUGGAAUUGGUAUUGCGACAUCCAGUGGACACAUUUAGAACAGCAUUUUUCUUUCAUAAAAAAAUUGCAGCUAAUUUUUAUACUGAGACUCAUUUUGGGGGCCGCGGGCCGGAUUAAACCUGUUCACGGGCCUGAUACGGCCCACGGGCCAUACGUUUGACACCCCUGCAUUAAACCCUCCCCUUUAUGGCGGGUUUUUCCUUCGUAAUGUAAAUUAUGUAACCAAGGUGUUGCUGUAGCUUGUUUACUUCAGAUGCAGUCUGUAGUCAUUUGUUCAACUUCUUCUAGUAGUGUUUCUUAAAGUCCCCUUUUAGGUCCUCUCUUUUUCAUUAUUUGGGUUAUUCAAUUGGUGGCCCGCGAAUUCAGUUAAAAAAAACUUGUGAGAGCUUCACAUUUUUGUAGCAGGUUCUUAAAAACACUAGAGUGCUGUCAUCAUAGAGAUGAUCUUUGGCUAUGUUUUUGCAGCAAAUUCUUAAAAACAGCACAGCGCUCCUGCAACUCUGACAAAAUAAAUAGACCAAAAUCAAAUGUCUACUGUAGAGGACGCUGCUUCGGGAAUAAAAAAAAUAGGGGCACAUUUGGGCAAAUAUAAACUAGUGGAAUCCUUUUUAAGUGUGCUUUGCUACUAAAGGGCUAAGUGUGUGUCGCUUUUGGUGUGUGUUAUUUUUUAUUUAAGUUCUUCGAAUGAAAAAAGACCACAGCGGAGCUAUGUUGAAAGGGUUGAAAUGCCCUUAACAUAACACAAUAAUUGAUAUUGUAUAAUUAUACUGAAAUUAUUUUAAAAUACUUAUUUAUUUAAAGUGGCAAAAUUUAUUAAUAUAUCCUAUUGAUAGCAGUUUUUGAGAUAUUUUUGAGAUAAACGCGUGAGUUUUUAACACCAAGGGGACAAUGGCUGAUUUGUGUUCUUUCAGUAAUUAUUUGCGGAUUUUAGCCAUACUUUUUGUUGUGUUGGUCCAUUACGUAGUUUUUCUUAAGAGGGUUUUUUCAUGUUAAAUAAAAAAAUCACAGUCCAAUUCUUUUACAGGUGUAUGAUAAACUGGUAGGUAUAAGACAAUAAUACCCCAAAGCCAAACAGGACAUACUGUAAGUCAAUUUUUUAAAGGGCAUGAAAACCUUUUGGAUACGUUUUUUUUUAAAACUUUUUUUGAUCAAAUCUCUAAUAGCAACUUCACCCCUAGGCAAAAAAACCCCAAACAAUCCUGUAAUGUUUUUUGUUUUUAAUUCUAACAAUUGUAAGUCCUAUUGAUCACAAGUUUUCAUUAGUAUGAAUUUGCGCAACAGUUAUUUAAACCUGUGACAUUAUCUGAUCAAAAGGCCUUAAAACGGAUUUUAAAAAAUGAUGCUUGAUAUUUUUUUUUAAGACUGGAGUUCAAAAGUAAGAAAUAUAUCUAUGAAUCCAAAAAUGUUUAACGCCCUUCAAAAAUGUAUGUCCUGAUUGGCUUUGAAGUUAAUCAAAAUCAAAUUUCCUCAGAGGUUUAAGAUGACAAAAAGUACAAAUUCCAGGAUUGCUUAACCUGUGUGGUCUGCUCUAUAAGAUUAUAUGGAAAUAGGCAAGUAGUUUUGAAGUAAUCCUACGAAUGACCUGCUGAUGAAACUGUAUGGAAAAAUUUAGCAUAUCGUGACCAAAACUAUCAUCAUGGUUAGCACCAUCAUCAGGACAUUGUUCAAAUUGCUUGGUGCAAAAUGUUUUGCCUUCUGUUAUGUUUUAUCAUAGCAAAAUGAAUUACUCUUCUUUAAAUGUUUGUUAGUUUUAAUUGUUGAUAGGAGCCUCUGACGCUGUAAUGGUAAUUUUAGCCGGAGGUUCAUUGAUAAACCAACCGCAGUUGAAUCCCUCUGCUACAAAACAGCAAGCAGAAAAUCAUUUUUGGCCUCAUCCAUAUUAGAUUCCGGAAUUUUAAAGAGUACAUCGCUAUCAAUCAAUCAAUCAAUCAAUCAAUGUUUACUCAUAUAGCCCUAAAUCACGAGUGUCUCAAAGGGCUGCACAAGCCACAACUACAUCCUCGGCUCAGAUCCCACAUCAGGGCAAGAAAAAAACUCAACCCUCUACCCCUACCACACGAUAAUGGCUGGAUGAAUUUUACUUUGUGUAAAAUCAGAAUACGUUGUAAUGUAUGAAUUCACAGGCGAUUUACACGGACAUCUCGAAGAUCUGCUGCUGAUAUUUUACAAGGUACUUGCACAAUGUACAAGAAUCGUCAGGUCGAAUUUGUCCCAUUUUCUAACAUUGUCAGUGUUACACAUCCAGAAUGGUUUGCCUUCAUCUGAGAAACCGUACGUGUUCAACGGCGACUUUGUGGACCGGGGGAAAAACUCGUUAGAGAUCCUACUAAUUCUGUUUGGGUUCCAGCUAGUCUAUCCUAACAACGUCCAUUUGAACAGGGGGAACCACGAGGACCACAUUGUUAAUCUAAGAUAUGGGUUCACCAAAGAAGUUCUGGGGAAAUACAGGUUGCAUGGAAAAAAGAUCUUAAAGCUUGUGCAGAAGAUCUUCAGCUGGCUGCCUUUAGCAACUAUAGUGGAUCACAAGGUGCUCAUAGUGCAUGGAGGGAUCUCUGACUGCACCGACCUCAAUGUAAUAGCCAGACUGGACAGACAUAAAGUAAGAAAGUCCAAUACCCAUCAGCAAACAACAGGUCCUGAUCUAUUAAGCAUUAUUUUUUUGGAAUUUGGCCAGUAUGUCUCGACCCUGAGGCCUCCAGAGCGAGGGUUUCAUACGACAGAGGACAACCGGGACGAGGAACCGGCAGAAAGUCGACGUCGUGUAUUUUCCCUGACUCAGGAGAGAUCAAGUCCAGCUCAUAGGCACGACAUUUCACGGCGCUCACUUCAAAAUCCUCCUCGGGGCGACCGACUGCACUGCUCACUGGAAAAAGAGCUGAAAAAAAGACGGAGACAGGCCGGUUUUGACCAGUCUUAUGGAGACAUAAAUAAAUCUGACUCCCGGGACACAGGGAGCGAUGACCAUGAGUGGAAACAAGUGGUGGACAUGCUGUGGAGCGACCCGAUUCCUCAGAAUGGAUGCAUCCCUAAUGAGGUGCGAGGCGGAGGCUGCUGCUGGGGCCCGGAUGUUACUGAAGAUGUUCUGGGACGACACAACUUGCAGCUUCUCAUCCGCUCGCACGAGUGCAAACAGGACGGCUACGAAUUCUGCCAUGACAGGAAGGUGCUUACUUUAUUCUCAGCUUCCAACUACUAUGAAGUAGGCAGCAACAGAGGAGCCUACAUCCGGAUGGGCCCCGACCUGAACCCUCACCUUGUUCAGUAUCAAGCCAGCAAGACUUGCAGGGAGCUAACCCUGCGACAAAGUGUCGGAUGGACGGAGAGGUCGGCCCUACAAGCUCUGAGGGAACAACUGUUUGUCCAUAAGUCGGAUCUCACCAGUGUCUUCCAGGAGUUUGACCCAAACAACACAGGGUUGAUCUCAGCACGGGACUGGGCCAGUGCCACAGAGAGUGUGCUGAAGCUGGGUGUACCCUGGAGGGUCCUGCGUCCUCAGCUUGUGAGCAUCACCGAGCAGGGCAUGGUGGACUACCAGCAGUGGAUAAGGGAGCUUUCACUCACAGAGCCUCAUCUGCAGAUCUCAGACACCAGCAUCCUAGAGAUCAUGUACAAGAACCAUUCAAACCUUGAAACCAUCUUCCGGAUCAUAGAUACCGACCACUCAGGUCUAAUCUCGCUUGAGGAAUUUCGUCAAACCUGGAAACUGUUAAGCUCACACCUCAAGAAGGAAAUCAGUGACAAGGCCUUGGGGGACUUGGCUCACAGCAUUGACUUCAACAAGGACGGGGUCAUCGACAUCAACGAGUUCAUGGAGGCGUUUCGCCUGGUGGAGGUCUCUGCACACGAGAACCCCAGAGCCCGGCCCACCGUGCCGCCCACAAGGGCCAGCAACAGGCCGCAGACAGACGCACCCGGCAGAGGACAAGGCACGAGAAAAGCAGGGGACAACCAGACCCCUAGCCAGCGAGAGACCACACCCCACACGGGCAGAAAGGCGGGACGCCCCGCCCGAGGGGCCCGGAGACCCCCCGCAACCGGACGGGAAGACCGCCCCCGCCCCACCGGCAACCGGGCCCCCAAACCGGGACAUCAAAAUUAAAACAAUAAGAUUUUGGGGCUGGUCAGCCUUCUUUUCCACCUGGUGUUUUCCAAAAGGAUGACUUCUACGCUGUGCGUAGAUGGAAACAAAUUCAGUAUAUGUCCAACCUGUUCUGGAAAAGAUGGACAAAAGAAUACCUACCGCAGCUUCAGGAGCGCCAAAAAUGGAAUAAGAUCAAGCGCAAUUUUGUUCCAGGAGACAUUGUGCUUGUUGUGGAUAACUCUGCACCUCGCAACUCUUGGAUUAUGGGGAAAGUUGUCAAGGUUGUUCAAGAUAAAAGAGGACUUGUUCGACAAGCCAAGAUCAAGACCAAGACAAGCUUUCUGGACAGGCCUGUCACUAAGAUGUGUCUGCUUCAGGAAGCCGAGGACAUCUGAUGGGAUUACUUGUUGACAAGACUUGACUUUGAAUAUUACUUGUGACACAGACCACACUCUGUCUAGGCUCUAAAAGUUCUGGAACCUCUGGCCUAAUGACACUUUCAUAUAUGUGAAGAACCUGCACGUUCAAGGACAUUGAAAAUGAACUAUUGUUUUAACUGCAAAAAAGGAAAAUCUAAUGUUCUUGUUUGAUUUGAUGUACGUUACAUUUAAUAUUUCCGUGCUGCUACUAUUGUUCAGUAAUUAUUAUGUUAUAAUAAUUAGGGGCCGGAAUGUAGAGGCAGGGAUUUGUUUCUCACUUGUCACCUGGGAUAGUUGUCACAUGUGUGUGUGUGUGGGGCUGAUUGCUGAAUAUUUAACACCUGCACCUCUCUGUGAAUUGUUUUGGCUUGUAUGGAGAGAGUGUGAACCUGGGUGCCGUUACUUCUGUUGAUCGCAAAGAGAACGCGAAAGGACCACAAACCAUCUGAAUGUAAUGUAUUGUAUUUUUACUCAAAGGUAAAAUAAAUCACCCUCAAAACAGCAGUAAUGACUUCAUGUUGCAUCCUUGGACCCAGCAUGUCAGACAGAACCCUGCUUUCCACUCUCAAUGACUAAUUACUUUCUGAUAGUCACACUACAGUGUGUAUGUAUAUAUAUAUUAGAGAUGCGCGGAUAGGCAAUUAUUUCAUCCGCAACCGCAUCACAAAAGUCGUCAUCCACCCGCCAUCCACCCGAACUAACAUUUUAUCAAAACCACAACCGCCCGCCACCCACCCGUUGUUAUAUAUCUAAUAUAGACAAUGCAAGGCGUUAGUGAGGUUAGAAAGGAGAAAGGAGACUGAUCCAAUGCAGCAGAGACAUUCAAUGCGUGCCACGCAUUAAUAUCUCUUGGCCACGCAUUAGAGGCUAAGAGAUAUUAAUGCGUGAUAAUAUUAUUUAUCAUUAUUAUAUUAUUAUUGUCAUUUCCAUUAAGAAAGUGUUGACUAUUAUUUUUUUUCCCUGGUCUUUAGUAUUCCCUUUUUUAGUUUGUCGUGUACCACGUUUGCUGCCGGUUUUGCUAUCUUUUUAUUAUUUUCUUCUUCUGUUGUGUUGUGGUGUGCUGUGUCACGCCAAAUUUCUUCCCCCUACAAAAACCUUCCCCCCCCUCAUUUACUUCCGUGGUCAUGUUUCCUCUUACGUCAUUGACAGCGAUCGAUAGCACUUCGGCUUUGACUGCCCGUCGCUGGAAGGAUACUUUGUCUUUGACAUCUGAAGAAAUCGAUAGUUUUUUUUUGUACAGGCGCGAAACAGGACAGUCGCGUGCCGGUUAAGGACCCCCGGCAACUUUGUGACUUUAUUGGACGU